GAAACGCGCCACAAAUUUGUUUUGUUAUUUGUUUUCAUCGUUUUGUUCUGUUUAUUUUGGCUUGUAAAGUUAACUGUGCAUCAUGUAUAGAAAAAAGAAACGUACGCAGAAAGCGCUAAAUACGAUCGAUGAAAACACCACCAUUAAAUUGCCCCGCCUGGCGGAGUCCACCACGAUUGUUUCUGUGGAUUCCUCGUCUACCGGAAGCGAGGAAAACAUACCCGCCUCGCAGGAACACACCCAGCGCUUCCUGUCGCAGCAUAGUGCGAUUCUGGCCGCCACCUUGGGUCGCACCCAAUCUUCCAGUAGGAACAUCGCGACACUCUCACGGCAGCCAAACAACUUCUUCGAACUGGUCCUAAUUAAAGCCGGUGUCCAAUUAGAUCAAGGCGACAGCCUGGUUCUGGCCUGCGACCAUGUCUCCAUUGUGUCCAAGCUGCGGGACAUUUUCAUGAGUGCUUCUUCAUAUACCGACAAAAUGGAGACCUUCAAAACCGGACUUAAUUCUGCCAUGUCCCCCAAGUCUAAGUUGGUGCAAAAAUUGCUAACCGGAUGCACUGUGGACGCUGCUGGCGAGGAGCAAAUCUACCAGUCCCAGAACAGCAUGUUCAUGAACUUCCUGAUGAUCGACUUCAUGCGGGAUGCCUGCGUAGAGGUACUGCUCAACAAGAUCGAGGAGGUGGCCACUUCCGAUCGAGUUUUAACGGGCAUGGCUGCCAUAUCAAUGCCCCUGCUACCAUUGAUGCUCACCCAACUGCGUUACUUGACCGCUUCACACAAGGUGGAGAUCUACAAGCGCAUCGAGGGCAUCUUUAACAGGGCUACGGACUCAGCCAAGUUGGACAUAAUUGCCAAUGCCGAGUUGAUAUUGGAUGCCAGUAUGCACGAUGAGUUUGUUGAGUUGCUCAAUAUCAACUAUUCUAGCACUGAAGACCUCUUUCACAUGACCACGGUGCACACCUUAAGCAAUUUAUCGCUUUCAGAUAAAACGCAGGCAAGGUUACGCCUGCGCAUUCUGGAGUUUGCCACAAGUGGCAACUGCCCCAAUACGAUCUUGCCCCACCUCAUCAGGCUUCUGCUUAACAUUCUGAAAAUGGACACAGAUGACAGUGUGCGCGAUUUAAUAGGCAGCCUGCGGGAAAUCUUCAACUGGCGUCACACAGUUCGUGGGGAUAAAAACACUACAACAGCCGAUAAUAAAAAGUCGCAGUUAGAACUUUUUGGCUUCUUAGAACUUGGUUUAAUACGCUCCAAAAGAUUUUACCAGACAUGGCAAAGGUCCGCUGCUACCUUGCCCGCAGAUGGAUUUACCUCAUUUGAUUUAAUUGUUUUGCUUCUAUUAAUUCAAGUGAACGAAGACAAUUCAUUGUACAUUGAAAAUAUUCUUCGUCGUCGUAUUAAGUUGGAGCACAUAACAGUGGGCAUUUUGGAGGAGGUAAAACUUCACUAUAAACACAUACUGGAGCAACACAUAAGCACAUUGAUGAAUAUCCUGCACGACUUUAUGCGUGAGAAAAACCGCACGGUGUCUGAUUUCGCCAAGUCUUCGUAUAGUAUUCUUUUUAAGAUUUUCAAUUCAAUUCAGAAAAAUAUUCUCAAGAAACUGCUGGAGCUCACCUGUGACAAAUCAUCGCCACACUUGACGACAAUGGCCCUCGAACUUCUGCGUGAACUGCAGCGAAAAAGCGCCAAGGAUGUUCAGAACUGUGCAACGCUUCUUAUUCCGAUGUUGGAUAGAAUCAGUGAUCUAACUCUUAUGCAGACUCGCGUGGCCAUGGACUUGCUUGCCCAUGUCGCCUUUCCAGACCCCAAACUUUCUGUCUGUCUUCAGCUCCAAGAACAGGUCGACAUGGUGGUGAAGAAGCAGCUAAUAAAUUCAACUGACAACAUAAAAAAGCAGGGCAUCAUUGGUUGUGUGCAGCUCAUCGAUGCCAUGGCACGCAUCGGAAACGAUGGAGUGGAGCAUGACGAUACUCUUGCCGGCGUGGAAAAUGUAGAUUGUUUACCCGAUGGGCGAGUCAAAAUGGCAGCCAAUUUAAUGAUACGCACCGAAUCUUCCAUUGGUAAUAGCGCGAAGUCUCUGGCGCUGUUCUAUGAAGAAUUGGCGACUGUUUUCAAUCAGCGCUACGAUGGAAAUACCGUUUGUGACUUGGAAUAUCAAUUUCUUGCCUGGGCCUGUGAUUUAGUGACCUUUCGCUUUCAGGCUAGUUUUGUUACCGAGGAUAUUCCGGAGACAAUAAAGGGAAUUAAACUGGAAUAUCAGUUAAAUAUCAAUGAAUUGGACGACACGAAUGCUAACACUGAAUCGGAUGUACUCAGCAUUGGCAUAAAUAUAUCAAAACUGGUUCUGGCACCCAAAGCUAAAGCUUGCGAUUCAAUAUUUGUACUUGCACCUUUGUUCAACUAUGUCAGAGUUCUGUAUAAACAUCGCCAUCAUGACAGUUUAGAGAAUAUAAAUGCUCUGCUUGGAUGUGCCAUAGUAUUGCCCUCGUUCUUUGAAGACGAAAACUUUCUUUCUAUUUUCGACAACUUUCAGUCGGAGCAGCAGAAAGAUAUUUUAAGUAUUUAUUUUCACACUGUUAAUUGGAUGCGGGUUUCGAUCAGUGCCUUCGCAUCGCAGCAGCAUCCUGCCACUCGACGCCGCGUUCUUUCCAGACUUGGAGAAUUAAUUCGCAUCGAGCAGAGAAUUAAGCCGCUCCUGGCUAGAGCGCCUUCAGAUUUUGUAGCCCCACCCUGCCAGUUUCUUACCAACGCUAAGCACUCGGUAGUGACCCAGAAACGUCAAGCUCCAAAGGCCGUUGCCAAAUUGAAUGCAACUACAGAGGAGCCGGACUUAACUAGUAAUCAAACUUCCAUCGCGGACUUCACUGUCAAGGUUGGAUCUUGCAAGACCAUUAAAACAAAGAUAGACUUUGAGCAGAUGUAUGGGCCUCGAGAGAAAUACAGGCCUAUGGAAGUGGAAAUAAUUAUGCUGUUGGUCGAGCAGAAGUUCGUUUUAAACCACCAGCUCGAGAAAGAGCAAGUGGGAGAAUUUUUGGGUCUUUUAGAGCUACGUUUUCUGCUGGAGGAUACAGUGCAAAAACUGGAAGCUGCAGUUCUUGGGCAACAGGAUUCAUCUGACACGGACAGUUUCAGGCCGCAUCUUGCCAAGCCAGAGGACUUCAUGAGCGAUUUACUUCCCUGUCUACUUGAGGUUAAUAAUCACCUAAAAACUCUGGCCGAAGCCAUCGAUAAAGAGCUUACAAAAGUCAACCAUGUGUACAGCAAUCUGGAUUUGUUUAAGGAGCAGUUCAACUACAUUAAGACGUGUUUCGGACUUUGCAUUCGCCUGUUUGCCUUGUACUUCGCCUGGAGCGAGUGGAGCGACAAGUCGCAGGCGGAACUCCUUCAUAAAUCUCUUUUCAAACUUCAUCCCAAGGCUGAGUGGAAAAGGCUCGAGAAACGAACUGUUCCCCAGUUGGCUUCCCAUACUUUUGAAUACUUCUUACAGUAUGAGAAAUCAGUUUUAAACCUUAGUACGGCUGUCCAGCUGCACCGAUUGCUGCUCAGCUUGCUUAAGGUGGGAAGCCUCCAAAUCGAUUCUAGCCAACCGAGAUUUCGACAAGCCGAAGACUCACGAUUGCUAUGUGGCAAACUGUUGCGACGUAAGUGGUUCCACUACUCUGGUACUUUGGAUAAAGGCGGACAGUGUAAUUUUUAUCUGGACGAGCUGGUUAAGGGCUUUCUUAAAAAAUCAUCUUGCGAAAGUCAACGUGAACUUCUUGAUGAGCUGGUUAAACAGUGCACAAUUCUUAAUACAAAGGACAAAGCGCUGAGCUCUUUUCCCAACUUCAAAAAGGCAAACUUCCCGUUGCUCUUUCGUGGCCUGUGCGAGGUGCUUAUUCACUCCUUAAGCGGAAAACUCGGUGUGGACAGUCGUGGUGAUAGGCUGAAACUUUGGGAGUCCGCAGUUGGCUUGUUAAAUGGCUUGCUUACUAUUGUGCAGUUGGUGGAACAGCCUCGCAAUUUCGGACUGUUUCUGAAGCACUCACUGCUAUUCCUUAAACUGUUGCUUCAGCACGGAAUGUCUGCGUUGGAGUCUAUAGUUCGGGAUGAUCCCGAUAGGCUUACUAAGUUUUUGCACGAACUGCAGAAGGUUACUCGGUUCCUGCACCAACUAUGCUGCCAUUCCAAGUCGAUUAAAAAUACAGCCAUCAUCAGCUACAUCCCCAGUCUUCGAGAGACAAUUGAGACGCUGGUUUUCAGAGUGAAAGCCCUUUUGGCUGCCAACAACUGUCACUCUGCUUUCCAUAUGGGAAACAUGAUAAACAGGGAUCUUCACGGAGACUCUAUUAUCACACCAGUCGCUUCGUUCGGCGGCGAAGAAAACAGUGACGAGGAAAUACCUGCGGAUGAUACCAGCGUGGACGAAACAGUGCUGGGAGAAGAUAUGGGCGUCACCACCGGUAGCGUCAGCACAAGGCCGAGCGAUGGAAGCCGGAGGAGCAAGUCCUCAUCCCGCAGCAAAUGCUUUUAAACACCUUGUAACACUCCUUCAUAAUCAAAAAUAAAUCCUUUGCUAUUUGGACCACA